UUUCACAUAACCAUUCCAAUAUCAAAGGGAUUUUUCUGACUAUAUUCAUAUCAAGCAUUAAUAAAUCUACAUAUUGAACAAAGAAACAAACCAUAAUCUCAUAACCAAAUAAGCUUGCAAAAUAAUCACGAUGAAUUACAAUAUACACCCAGUCACGUAUUUGAAUGCUAAUAGCAACAACAAUACAACCACUGCAGUAAAUGGCCAAGCCCAGCCAAGCCCACCUACUAUACCUAGAAUAGACAUUGAAAUUGACAAUGUCACCUCUCCUUCCUCAACAACAACAUCACAUAAUGGCAGCCCACAUUCGUCAUUUACCUCUCAAUCAACUGGAAACUCUCCAGUUCACGAUGUUAAACAACCAUCAGCACAAGUAACACAACAACAACAGCAACAGCAACAACAACAACAACAGGUUGGUGUUCAGGUAGCACCACCAGUGCAACAACUACAUUCUGUUCAGCCCUUGCAACCACCAACAGUUCCAUCACAACAACAACCAACUCAGUUACACCCAAAUCUCAACCAAACUUACAACACCCAACCUUCAUAUUACCCACAAGCCUACCUUUAUCCCCACCUUGAACAACAGCAACCUCAACCUGAAGGAUACUAUGGCAAUAAUAUUGACUUGGGUCUUCGUAAGAACUUACCUCAUAUGCCAAUGGCCAUGCCUGUUCCUGUGGCUGUGCCUGCCGGUAUGGUUGGUGAUAUCAUGAAACCACCAAAGAAGACUUAUAAAAAGAUUAGAGAGGAAGAUUUGCGGGGUCCAUUCAAGUGUGCAUGGGGUGAUUGUAACAUUAUUUUUGAAACACCAGAGUUGUUGUAUGACCAUUUAUGUGAUGAUCAUGUCGGAAGAAAACUGUCGAAUAACUUAUCGUUGACUUGUUACUGGGAGAAUUGUGGCACUACUACUGUCAAGAGAGACCAUAUCACUUCUCAUUUAAGAGUACAUGUUCCAUUGAAGCCAUUCCAUUGUGAUUUAUGUACCAAGUCAUUCAAGAGACCACAGGAUUUGAAGAAGCAUUCUAAGAUCCAUGCUGAGGAUCACCCGAAGAAAUUAAAGAAGGCACAAAGACAAUUAUUAAAACAACAGCAAAAGGAAGCCAAGCAAAGGCAAAAAUUGGCUAAUAAGAAGCUCGGAGGUGAUUUGCAACCUAACUUUAAUUACUAUGGUGGUGUUAGUCAACUCGAUGGUUUGAGUUAUGACGAUGCUAGCAGAAAGAGAAGAUUUGACAAUAACCAACAAAGUAUGUAUGUUGUCAAUAGUAUUUUGAGCGAUUUCAAUUUCCAAAAUGUUCAACAACAACAACAACAACUUCAAGCUCAACAACAAGCCCAACAUUUCCAACAACCAUACCAACCACAAGUUCAACAAGUUCAACCGGUUCAAGUUACUGAAUAUCCAGUCAAGAGAUUGAAGCAAGAUAAUCCUCAAUAUAAUUUGGAAGUCUUCAACAAAUUGAACCAUUUGGAUGAACAUAUGUCACAGCAACAACAGCAACAAGCCCACAUUCUCCACUCUCAACAACAGCAGCAACCACAACAUCCUCCAGCAAAUGGAGAUGGCAAUGGAAACAUUUAUGAAGCUGAAAAGUUUUUCAAUUCAUUAUCAAACUCACUUGAUUCUCAAUACCUGAACUUGUACUCUCAAUACCAACAACAACAACAACAACAACCACAAGUUCAAGUAACAGCUGUGCGCGUGCAACCACAACAAGCUAACCAAUCACUUUAUCCUUCAUUGCCUACUAUUUCUAAUAAUACUUCACUGAAUACUUCUAACAAGGAAUACAUGGCUAACAAUCACCAAGGGUUCUUGCCAGCAUAUCCACAAAGGCCAUUGGGAUAUGUCUUGCCAUACAGUGGACAACAGCAGCAGCAACAACAUCCUACUGCAUUAGAAUUUGGUGGUGUCUCUACCUUCCAAAAGUCUGCACAACCAUUGUAUGACGAGGAUGAAGAAGAAGGUCAUAGUUCGGUUAGUUCAGAAGAUGAACUUGAUGAUUUGUUUGAUAAGUUGGGUCUUAGUGAUGUUGAAGAAGAUGACGAGGACGAAGAGGAAGAAGAAGAUGACGAGCCUAUUGUUGUUGAUGGAUACAAUUUGCAGGAUGUUGCUAAGCAUAGACAAAUGAUUCUGCUUGUACUUGGUUAUUUGAGGGCAAAGAUUGCCGACCAGGAACAAAGCCAGAAACAAGAACAGCCGAAAGGGGUUAAUUUGAAUGCCCAAUCGAAUAACUUGUAUCCUACUAUUACCGCUUUUUGAGAUUUUACGUUAAUUUGUUGUUUUAUGUGAUAUAUUUUUGCUUGCCUUUUAUGUGUUCAUUUCUAUGUUUUUUUAUUUUUAUUAAUUAGUUAGUUAUAGUUUUAUAGUUGAAUCGUUUUAUUAAUAUUUAAACUAUUUACAUAAUUAUCCCCGAAGCCAACACUUGGUUUCCUCGAUAAAUAACUCCAAUUUGUCCUGGAGCCAUUGCUCUUGCCUUGGGGUGAAUAUUUACUGACAAUUUGUCAUUGGUUAAGUCAAUCGACUUGAUGUUGUAUCGUUUUCCUAAUGAAUGAAAUUGAAAUUGUAAUUCUUGAGGUGGGAUAGCCAACACUUUUUCCUGGGGAUAUAACCAGUCUAGUUCGUACAAGUUAGCUUGAUCCUUGAAUAAACUUGGGUGGUCCCAUCCUCUCACAAUUAUCAACUGAUUCUUGACGGGGUCCUUAGCACUUACAUACCACGUUCCCUUGAAAUUAGGAUCCCCUUGGGGCAUAGAUACCGUUGAUCUCUGGCCAAUAGUGGCAUGCCAAAGUCCCUGAUGAUGGCCCCAGACCUUGCCGUCUUGAGAAACAAUGUCACCUGGAUUAGGUUCGAGAUAGUUAUUGAGAAAGUCGCGGAAGUUGUUUUGAUCGGGGCUAACAAAACAUAACCCUUGAGAGUCAGGUUUGGAUGCAACAUGCAAGCCAAAUUGUUUGCCGAGCUCUCUGAUUUCUGGUUUAAUGUAAUGACCUAUUGGCAAGAGAACUUUGGGCAUUAUGGAAGGAGGGAUAGACGACAAGUAGUACGAUUGGUCCUUUUUGGAAGAAUGCCCUCGUAAUAAGUGCGUUUCCCCUGAUGGAUUAUGUUUCAUUAUCCGGGCAUAAUGUCCAGUUACUAACCACCACCUCUUGCUGUGAUAUUUACUCUCCAAGUAAUUUGCCAACUUACCGAAUUUAACAUGUUUAUUGCAUCCAGUGUCCGGGUUAGGAGUCAAUCCGCGAGCAUAUUUGUCAAUCAUGGGUUGAAACACAGUUUGCCAGUAGUCCCUCUCGAAAUUCACUCGUUCACACGAGAUUUUCAAAUCAUGACACAACUGUUGCACGUCAUUCCAGUCGCGUUCUGUGCAUGUGGCGGUUUGGGACCAGUUGGCCAUGUAUAUUCCAUGCACGUUUUUGUACUUGUGAGCAUAGAGCGCAGCACUUACGGCUGAAUCUACACCUGAGCUCAUGGCUACGAUGAUGUGAUCGUCUGGAUGUGGUUCCAUUUGGGUAUAUUCUAUAGGGUCUAUUAUGUUGGUUGGCUCUGGUGUUGUAAUGGUGGGCGUUGUUUUAGUUGGUCUAUAAUAUGGUAUAGGGGUUUCCCUUGAUGUAGGGACUGCAGUUGAAUAGCACAUGCCAAGAGAGGGUAUGGCAGCAUGCAAAUGUCGAGUCGGAGCACAAGCUCGACUUAGUAGAAUCCUCAUUAGGUAUUAUAUGUGCAAGUUGAAUCUGAGCAGUAUU